AUGGAGGAAACGAAGAAAGAAACGAGGGAAGGAACGACAGAAACCGACGAGAAAAUGAAAACAACAGUGACGAAGAAUGCCCAGGAAAUCAAGAGAAUGGAAAAGAAAAAUCCAACGAACAAACACCCGAAACACCCAGAAAAUGAGCAAAAUCAAGAUGACUCCCGAAGCGGGUUAAACUCAAAAAGAGAAGAACGAAGAGAGAAAGAAAAAGAAGAUGCCCCACCAAGAAGCAAACGACAAGACAAAGACGCUGGGAAAGAACAGCCAAAGAAGAAACACCAAGAAGGGGAAAACGAGUCCUCAAAAUCGCCCCAAAAGAGCAAAGCCACAUAUGUAGUCGAAGAAGAUCUGGAAGAAAAGAUAUCCAAGGCACUCAAGAAAUUGAAGUCAGAAGAACUGGAUAUAUACGAUCUCAGGCUGAAGGUAUCACCCCUUUUGCCCGAAAUCAUGGAGAAAACAAUUCCAUAUAACAUGAAGCUACCAGUCUUGCCAACGUUUAACUGA